ACUCCUACAUUGACGAGUGCUCCAACUUUGCAGCUAACUGCGCCGCGCGGCUCAGCAGUGUUUCUAUGAGAAAUAAACAACGGUAAAGCGUUUUACUCGUUUUUCAAUGCGGUGGUUCGGAUUUGGCUUCAACGCAUUUGGACAGAUUUGUGUCCAUGAGAAGUUAAUUAAAGGAGCAGGCAGCGACGUCGCCGAGGAAGUAAAAGUGAGCAGCCCAACAGAGCUCAUCAGGCAUGUAGACAGAAGUGGCUGCUGUUUGAAGACCAGUCAGAUAAAAGCAAGCUGGAGUCGAAGAGCAUCUUUGCAUUUGGAUGGUGACAGCUGUGUGUGCCUGGCAGGUUUCGGAGCAGUCAUCUCCACCGAGCCCUGUGGUGUUUCGGCGGUUGAAAGCCACGGCUGUAAAGAUGCUUUCAUCAGUGAAUCGUACUUGACCCUUGCUUUCCCAGAAAGGAUUGAGUCCUGGGACCUCCAGAAGAGAGACAACACUCCAUCAUGGAGCAUGGACUUAGAAGCCCAAUCACAGAGCUCUGGGCCCCUUUUGAAUCUUCCAUUGGUCCCUGGGGGUUACAUAGCCACAAAACCUCCCCUCUAUCGCCCCUUAUCACCAAACCUGAGAGCCAAGAGUCUGGCCCUGGGAGGAGAGCAUGCCAUCCUUCUCUGUGCCACAGGAGCUGUGUACACCUGGGGACUGGGCAGUCAUGGUCAGUUGGGGCACGGAAGCCUCACUUCUGAGGACGAGCCCAGGGCGGUGGAGGCUCUCUGGGGGAUGCCCAUGAGCCGUGUUGCUACAGGAGGCUGGCACUCUGUUUGCAUUAGUGAUGGGGGUGACCUUUACGUGUGGGGCUGGAAUGAGAGUGGCCAGCUUGGACUUCCAUCACGAGGUCUGAGGAAAGCACUACAGCAGCAAAGUAGCCAACAAGCAGGAGGAUUGUGCCAAGAUGCCACAGCAUCUCCUGGUGAAGAGCCACAAGAGGGAGAGAAACAUGAAGAGGUAUUCAUAUCGAUUCAGGCAUUCCCGGCUCUGCUGGAUGUCACUCCAUCAUGUGAAAUCAGGACCGUCAGCUGCGGCUCCCGCCACACAGCUGCUGUAACAACCGCAGGUGAUCUCUACACUUGGGGCUGGGGUGAAUACGGCCAACUUGGACACCAGACUUUAUUAAGUUCAGAUGAGCCCCAGCGUGUAGAGUUCUUCAGGGAGCAGCAGAUGCGUGUAGUUGAUGUGGUGUGUGGGACAUGGAACACUUUUGCUGCUGUCAUCAAGGAGGAAGUAGCUCGCUCUUAAAAACACAGUGAAAUCCCAGUGAUAGACAUGAACAGUGGACUAUGGACAACAUGUCAGGAAGUGUAAAUUUUCACAACAAAUGCAUGGAGACUUUGGAUUAAAUCUAUUUUGUGAUAUAUAUUAUUACUAGUAAGUUAUUUGUUUGUAUGUCUGUAUAAAAAAACACAGGUAAUUAAACAGUUUUUGUAAACAUU